ACCUGUGCACUGAAUGGAUGUAUGAUUGGUCAGGGGAGGCGGGCUUAAAGUCAUUCGCAUCGCUCGGUUUAUAAAGAACGACGGCGAAGAAUUGUCACGAAUCAAAACUGAUGUGCCUUCACUGCAAGCACGCACGGUUACUAUAACCCGCCAUUUUUAAAGUGAUCGGUGGAGACUCGAAAAUUCAAGUUCUCUUCAUCUGAAUUGUGCGGGCUCUCAAAGACAGUCGGAAGCCAAAGAAACGCCUUUCCUGUAUAAGAGUUCCACUUCAUCCACAAACAGGAAACUCUGAACGAGCCUGAUACAGAAGCAUCUUGGCAAUACCCAAGAUCACUCUUCAUUAUAUCUCCGAAUCUGCCAGAACUAAGAGCAACAUGUCAGCAGGAUCUAAAGGCAAGAGUGGAACAAGAGUAUUCAAGAAAUCGAGUGCUAAUGGAAAAAUUACAACGUAUCUCGGGAAGCGAGAUUAUGUGGACCAUAAAACACACAUCGAUCCUAUUGAUGGUGUAGUCUUACUGGAUCCUGAGUACCUCAAGGACCGAAAGGUCUUCGCUCGACUGGUUGCCAUCUUUCGGUAUGGCCGGGAGGAGCUGGACGUCCUAGGUCUAAAAUUCCGCAAAGAACUGUUCCUAUCUCAGCGACAAAUCUACCCACCCUUACCAGAGAAUGAACGACCUUUGACCCGGCUACAGACUAGUCUUACCAAGAAACUUGGCGACAAGGCCUAUCCAUUCUUCUUCGAGCUGACAAAGAAUUCUCCUUUCUCAGUUUGCCUUCAACCAGCCCAGACUGACAUAGACAGAAAACCUUGUGGAGUCGAGUACUCACUCCAUACUUUCAUUGGCGAUCAUAUAAACGAAGUUCCAAGCAAGCGACGAUCAGUAGAACUAGCUAUACGUAAGGUCUCCUAUGCUCCAAGACGAAAGGGUGUACAACCGAGUGCAGAGGUUUUCAAGGAGUUCCUGUUCAGCAAAGCGCCUCUACGGCUUGAAGCAACCUUAGAUAAGGAUGUUUAUCAUCACGGGGAAACCAUAUCGGUCAAUGUCCACGUUUCGAAUCAAUCGUCAAAAACUGUUAAGAGGGUAACAGUGACCGUGUUCCAGUUUGCAGACAUUCAGCUCUUUGAGACCGGGUCUUUCAAAAGUGAUGUUGCCAAAUACGAGGCUACAAGCGAAAGUGAUGGAAUGCCUGUCAGACAGAAUCAAGUUCUGACCAAGGUGUUCAAAGUCAAACCUGUGCUGGAGAAUAACAAAAAUCUGGAAAAGCGAGGCCUGGCCCUGGAUGGCAAACUGAAACACGAAGACACAAAUCUUGCAUCCUCAACGAGUGACCGAAGUGACGUAUUGAGUGACGAGGAGCUGGGUAUCACUGUGAAAUACAAGGUGGAAGUCAAAGUUGAAUUAACAGAAAUCUUAUCAUCUCCCUUAUCUGUGGAGUUGCCGUUUGUCCUGUCACACCCACCACCACCCGCACCCGCACCAGAACCAGUUAUGAAAACUGAAUCAGGCAAUGAACAAGAAGUCCUUGAUCCCAAUCUCAUCAAAUUUGAUACAUCAGGAGCUGCCCCCAUGUACACUGAUGAGGAUUUGCUGUUUGAAGACUUUACUCGUAUGUGUGUGAAAGGAACAGAAGGUCAGGGCACAGAAACAUAGGCUUAAACACAGCGUAUAAAGGGUCCAAGUCACAUUUGAAAAUUAUUCUGGUUUAAUCCUUUGGCCAUGAUGAGGAUAUUGAUGAGAAAUCGUGAAAGCUAAAGGCGAUUUAAAAACCAAGGCUCUCUUUCAAACAACGAAUUUACAAAUGCAAAGAUAUUUAGUGUUUAAGGUGAUAUUAGAUUAAUUUCAAUUAAUCAGAGUUGGUUAGAAGUGUUACUAGCCUAAAUACACUGUACUUUAAAUAAUUUGGUUAACAUCUUUUUUUGAAAAUUUUGUCUUCAAUUAAAAGGUCACUUUUUCACCGACAAUGGCCGUUAUUGAUUACAUUAGAUUAACAUUUCACUUGGGACACUUUCGAAAAUUUCUUCUGCCUUUUUCCCCUUUGUUUUCACCUCUCCCCUAUAGAGGUUUUACCUUAUGUUGUUAACAUGGUUGAUAUUUAUUAUUAGUAUGAGCUAUUAGUUUCAAUAUUUGUUAUUGUCAUUGAGAACAAAUAAUUUCCUUUUCUGGCUGGCGAAUAUAACUAUUGGCUAUUAAAGAAGUGGUUGAAUUCUUUUUAACAUGCAUCCGGGUGCCUUAGCAAAUGGUGACGUCAUCAACGAUCAAGGUCACGGCCCGCAUUGGUCAUUGCCAUAGCAAUGACUUGACGUAGGUCACAAUGGAAGGCAGUUGAAGAAGAAAUUAUUCAUAUUUAUGUAUAUAAGAUAACGAACAUUUUACUGUUUUGAUAUUUGUAUUCAAGAGCGAUAUGGCAAUAGAGUUGGUCACAUAGCUAACAAGGUAGUGCGUGCUUGGCUGAAUGGAAAACGGAUAUAAAAAGUGUGCAUGGAUGUAUCCACCUUUAAAUCUUGAAAUGUAAAAAUCUAUUUAAAGUUUCAAGCACGUUGUUUGGGCCCAACACUCUGUUUGUUUGAAACUCUAAGCAAUUGUUUAAACCUUUUUGGCAAUUGUGUAAACAUGUUUUUCAAUUCUUUAAACUGUUUAGACAACUUUUUAAACUUUUAAACGUGUUUAAAAAAUAAUCAAUAGCUGUUUGAGUGACUGGCUUAAACAACUUGCUUAAAGUUUUAAACAACGAUUUUAAGUUUGGGUUGGUUUUGUUUUAUGUAACUGUACAUAGCGUAAGACUCGUAUUUAAACCUUCACAUGAAUAAAAUAUCCGGAAGUGAUAUUAGUAUUUCACAUUUUAAUUUUUGUCGAAAGAAAAUAGAUGAAAGAAAUUCAACAUGCAUAUCUGUAACAUUCUUUAAGAUGAUCACAUAAAAGCGAGCUAUGGUUUAUUUUUGAACAAUUAUUCUGAAUGUAUUUUAUCACAGCUGAAUUAUUAUCACAAAGAUGCAGGGCAUCUUCCUUUAGGACCUCCCAUUUAUUGAGGGAUAUUUUCUUACACAAUGCUUUUAGAUUUUAAGGUAUGUCGAGAGAAAAUAGAUGAAAGAAAUUUAGCAUACCGUAUACCACAACAAGAUAAUCGCAUGCUUCGAUUGAUUUAACAAGUUAGAUGUGGUGUGCUUAUGAUUCCGAAUGUAAUACACAUAUAGCUGAAAAAUUUGUAUCAAGUGAUGCAGGGCAUCUAUUUUGAAUAAUUAUUGAUGACGUAAAAUAAUUGUUUCUACUAUGCUGGGAAAAGUUCUGUUCUCAGGUUUGAGUGCAAUAAUUAUUAUUAAGGUGCAAAUAUCUUGAAUUCAGUGGCGUAAUGCGUCAAAAAUUUGAGGGGGCUAGAUAUGGCAUAUCGCGUAAAAUUUAUAGACAGCUGCGAGCAAGCAAACAUUUUUGACAUUUCUAUGUAAAAAAAUCCUAUUUUGUGAUAGAUUUCCGACGACGUAAUAUUCAAAAAAUGUUAUCACAUUUCAACAUUCUCUCUUUUCUUCUCUCUUCUUUUUUUUUCUUGGCCGUGAAAGCCCCCCCCCCCCCCGUCUGUACGCCAGUGCUUAAUUGAUGAACAAAACACAGGUCAACAUACCGGUUUUUUGCCACUCUCCACCCAGGUGUUUAAGAGUGCCCUGUAUUGAAUAUUUAUGCGGUCUCGGUUGAAUGAUCAUGCUCGUGUGCGUCCUGGCCAAAAAGGGUUGUUGGAAUUUAAAAGUUUGAUACCCACAUAGAUGGUGCUAAAGCCUUUCAUAUGACAUUUUUUCAGAUUUUCAUUAAACGAUCUUUGAAGAUUCAUUGAAUUUUAAGGUUUUGGGGUAAAGAAUUUGAAUUUAAAAAAGUUGCAUGUGCUCGAUGUUUUCCAUAAUGUGGAAAAAGUAACCGGGUACGUAGAUUCUAAGUAUAUAAUAUAGUUCGUCUCAAUUCAAAUUCCAUAGUGACUUUACAAUGUUUUCACUUAUUUUGAAGUGGUUAAAUUCCUGUAAAUUUAAUUAUACCAAAAUAAAUACGUCUUUUAGAAACAUAGAAAACAGGUUCUUCGAGGGG